CUCCGGUCCGUCAGGUGGCGCUACCGUCCCCAGUGCGAGCAGACAGCCGGCGCCCGAAUAAAGAGGACGGACACGGGAACUGCGUCAGGAAAGACUGUGGAGAAGCAGAACGAUCAGCUCUCUGGUGAAUAUGGGACGUCACUUUGGAAACUUGGCCAAGGUCAGGCAUGUGAUCACAUACAGUCUGUCCCCCUUUGAACAGAGGGCUUUCCCCAACUAUUUCUCCAAGGGAAUCCCCAAUGUGUGGAGAAGGGUCACAGCGUCUUUCUUCAAAGUUGCACCCCCAAUGACCCUCAUGUACUUGACCUACAGCUGGGGCAACAGCGUCCAUCAGCAGGGCAAGAGGAAGAAUCCUGCUGACUACGAGAACGAAGAAUAAACUGCUGCCAUCUUUCUAAAAUUUGUCCUCUGUUCUUAAUUCCAACGCUGUCUGUUUAACCAAUAAAGAUGAAAAUAUUUAUGUGA